AUGUUUCCAAAACUUCUAGUGUUGGUGCUGAUAUUAUUUGCAUUCACAAAUCAUCAUGUUCUCGGUGAAGUGAAAUAUUUCCGCCAUGAAUUGCCACCCUUAUAUUCGUUCGAUAAUUAUGAAGCAUGUUUUGAAAAUCGUACUACCGAACUUGUCGGCUCCACCUAUUGUAUGAUCUAUGCGGAAAUUCAAGCAGAUCACUCAAAUGAUAUCAGCGAUUUUUUCGAAAGCGUCCACAAACGACCAUUGGACCGGGACAUGCGUUCCAAUUAUUCUCAAAUGAUUUGGCAAUGUUUAAAUCGAGAAUUCCAUAGGAAAUAUCAAUUGGAAUUGAAGACAUUUGUGGAAUAUUGUGAGCGUAGGCCAGAGAAUGCCGUCACUAGGGCGGAAAAUGAUAUAUUGAAAAGUCGCUUAUAUAUGUUUUUCAAAGUACUUCUGCUUUUGGUUGUAAGCUCCACAUUUACGGAUUAUUAUUUGAAAUCCCGACAGCCAAAGGAGAAACAAACAAAUGCAUUCUUUGAAAAUAAUUUAGAAGAACCUGCGUGUCGCCUCUUAACCUCAUUUUCGAUUAGUCGCAACUAUUACCGUUUAACCCAACCCUAUCGCGGCGAAGUUGGUCAAAAAUUUGCCUUUUUAGAUGGUUUACGUGCGGUCAGCACAAUACUUGUACUCGGCACCCAUUCCUACUUCUUAGCCUAUGAACCUAUUGAAAAUCCCCAAUUUUUUGAAAAUUUCGGUAAAUCCACCAUUGGGCUAAUGCCACUGAAUUGUACCGUUAUCAUUGAAAUAUUUAUGACGAUGAGUGGUCUGUUGUUGUAUUUGAAAUGUUCGCAGGGUUCCUUUGUAACACCGCAGACAAGUUGGUCGAAAUGUUUGCAAAUUUAUUUGCUGCUGAUGAUCAGUCGUUAUGUGAGAUUUCUUCCCACCCUUAUUGCCCUGCUAGGUGUAAAUGCAUCACUUCUCAAAGAUUUGGGUGACGGUCCAUUUUGGCGACAUAUUACCGAACCAGGUGGCACAUUUAGUCGUGAGAAUUGGUGGAAAAAUUUAUUAAUGAUAAAUAAUUUUUCGCCAAUUGAUACGGCUAAUCCGCAUACCUGGUAUUUGGCAGCAGAUUUUCAAUUAUUUGCAUUUUACACACUUUUAUUAAUUAUAAUAUUCAAAUAUCCUCAAUAUAAAAAACAUAUUCUGAUUGGCAUGAGUAUUUUGACCGUGGCCAUACCGACGACCAUAAGCUAUAUUUUCCAAUUGGAAUCUUCAUUUAUGGCAAGACCGGAGACAUAUCGUUAUGGCUAUGUCAAGGACUUCAAAUUAUUCACCCACACCUAUACCCCGUUCUACACCAAUCUGGGUGGUUAUCUUUUCGGCAUUGUGUGUGGUGAAAUAUAUCAGAAAUAUAUUUGCCACACAGAAAAACGAAAAAUAUUCUCAUAUUUAUGGAUAAUUGUUCCGCUGGCCGCAUGGUUUAUUAAUUAUGCGGGAGCAAUUGCAAUAAUGAGCAAAGCCUCAAUAUGGACGGCCUUAUAUACGGGUCUGAAUCGUAAUUUAUGGAUUGUAUUUGUGUGCGGCAUACCAAUAUUGGCUAUGGCAUUCAAUGAGGAAUCUUUGGUUAGUCGCUUUUGCCGUUUGCCAAUGUUUCGAGUAUUAGCCCGCCUCUCACCGCAAAUGUAUUUGUGGCAUUGUUUGGUACUCUACGUAACAUCGGCCUAUCAUCGUCAGCCUCAAUUUGUCAAUUUGAUACAUUUGAUUAACCAGGGUACGAUUACAACAACGCUUUCGACAGUGGUGGCAUUUUUCGGUUAUUUGUUUUUGGAAAUACCAUUCUCAGAGAUCUGCAAAGUAUUAUUGAUGGGCAAUAAAGAGAACCGUGAGACGCAGAAGCAAAAGAUCAAAUAA